GCGCUAAAGCACGGUCUUUGUUAGGUGACAAGGUAAGUGCUAGCUGAAGCUCUGACCGUGCUGACCGUGUAAAUCUUUAUCGUUAUCGGCCAAUUAACCAUUUACCGUCUUCGUUCCAGCUUCACAAAUUCAAUUCUCAUUAUUCCAUAUAUUCUACCUCAGGAGUAUGCAUUGCGCCUUGCCCUAACGCCACAGUUACAAUGGUGGAAUAGCCUUUCAUACUUUUCAUCAAUCACUACCAACCGAUAGACUUAUGAAGGUUAUUCAUCCUAUGACUUAAGAGGCGCCAACCCUAAAAAGAGCCGGCACGAUGAAUCGCAUCGACGCCUCGGACCAUUACAACGAAUCCCCCUCCGCCACCAACCAAAUCCCAUCUCUGCUCACCAUCAUAAUCGAUACCAACCCUCGCGCCUGGGCCGCACUAUCGAACCGUCUCACCAUCGCCAAUGCCGUCGCCAACCUCCUAGUCUUCGUCAACGCCCACCUCGCCUACGGCAACGACAACCACGUCGCCAUCCUCGCCGCACAUCCCAACCGGGCCGUAUGGCUGUACCCCAGAUCUCCCAACCCUGACCACCGCCGCAAUGGCAACGGUAAUAAGCUCGCCAAUGGCAGCGACGUCGAGAUGACCGACGCGGACGGGCAACCGGACAAAGCAUCGACGCCGGCAGAACUAACCGCCUCCGCCAACAAAUUCCCCCAGUUCGCGCAGAUCGAAACCUCCAUCCUAACCUCCCUGCGGUCCCUCAUCGACAGCACCACGCCAUCCGACCUCAACCCGACGACCCUAAUAUCCGGCGCUCUAACCAUGGCCCUAUCCUACAUCCACAAGAUGACCGCCUCCUUCGAGCCGGCCAAGACCUCCUCUGACCCAGCGAACCCGCCGCCCGCCGCGGCCGUCAGCAGCGCCGCCAACUCCGCGACCCUGCACUCGCGGAUCCUCGUGCUGUCGGUGUCGGACUCGGAGCCGGCGCAGUACAUCCCGACCAUGAACGCCGUGUUCGCGGCCUCGCACGCGCGCAUCGCCGUCGACACGCUCUCGCUGCACGGCAGCCCGACCUUCCUGCAGCAGGCCGCCUUCAUCACCUCGGGCACCUUCCUCUCCGCCGCCGCCAACCCGGGCGGCCUGCUCUCCUACCUGAUGUGCGGCUUCCUCGCCGACGCCGAGGCCCGGAAGUCGCUCGUCACCCCGACCCAGGACACCGUCGACUUCCGCGCCGCCUGCUUCUGCCACCGCCGCGUCAUCGACACCGGCUUCGUCUGCAGCAUCUGCCUGAGCAUCUUCUGCGAGGUGCCCGACCGCGCCGAGUGCCUGACCUGCGGCACGAAGCUGGCCCUCGGCAAUUACGGCGCUAAGCCGGCCGUCGUACCGCGUAAGAAGAAGAAAAAGAAGACCCGUAUUAACGGCGUUGGCGGAAGGGAGGAGACGGGGAGUGCGACGGGAACGCCUGUGCCUGGUUAGGCCCCGAGGCAGGGCGACUUGCGUGUCUCACGUCUGGUGUACUAGUACGACAUCCUUAAGGCGGAUGAAGUUUGUACCAUACAGGUUUCCAAGUAGACCUGGGAUUUGCAUAGAGAGAACGGCGUCUUGUAUGAAAUGAAAAUACCACGAAUUCUAAAAAGCAUUAAACAUGGUUGUAAGUCGGUCGGCUUACUCUAGGAGCAAAUUUAAAUCAUCGAAUUA